AGAAUUCACAUAAGAAACUAACCCGAUUCAUUAAGCUCAAGUCGAGUCAUCAUGGCCUCACCCCGCGAAAUAUUUGAUGUUUCGGGACCAUUGCACCUGCUAACUUCUUUUGACUGGCGAAAUACAUUCCAUCGAAGAUCCCUUGCUGCAAGCCUAGUGCAAGGUGUUUAUAUUUUGGAACGAGAUCGCCAACGAGGAAUAAGCACUGGGCACGAAAACCAUGCCCAUGCUUCGCAAUGGUGGGAACGGUUUCAUUUUCAGUUGAACCAUGUUCUAGUAGACGAGAGCGAUUUGUCUUUCUUUGGAGCUAUUUAUGAGCUCAAAUAUGCACAUCCUGUUUUCUUUCAGUCUAGACCAUUCCCUCCACGAUAUGUCAUAGCUUUUCGUGGAACAAUCACGAGAUCUCUCACGAAAUCUGAAGAUAUGAGACUAAACAUGAAAUGUAUCUUUGAUAAACUUGAAGAUAGCCCUCGAUUUCGUACUGCUUUCGAAGCUGUUUCAAGCACGGUCGCGAAUGUAGGCCCGACUAGUGUGUGGUUAGCUGGACACUCUUUAGGUGCAUCAAUAGCAAUGCUGGCUGGGAGAAACAUGGCAAAGUCUCGAUUUCAGCUCGAGACCUAUCUAUUCAAUCCACCUUUCUUUUCAGUUCCAAUCGAGAAGCUAAUAAAAAACGAAAAAGUGAAACAUGGUGUUCGUAUCGUUGGAAGUCUUGUGACAGCAGGAAUAGCAACAGCAAUGAAACUUGACCGAAAGGAUCCUGAAGAGGAUCCAUUUAAUGUGUUAUCUGAAUGGACGCCUUACGUGUUUGUGAAUCCAUCAGACCCGAUCUGUGCUGAGUACAUUGGGUAUUUCCAGCACAGAGAAAAGAUGGAAGGGAUAGGAGUUGGGAAAAUAGGAAGGAUUGCUACUAGGCAUUCGAUAGGAAGUCUAGUUUCCGGUGCAAUGGGGAGGGACUCGGAACCCCUGCAUCUUCUACCGAAUGCUUAUAUAACGGUGAACCUUAGUCCGUCAGAGGAUUUCAAGAAAGCUCAUGGAAUUCAUCAAUGGUGGCAACCACAUUUUCAAUGGCAAUCGAAACUAUACAAAUUCGUAUAAGAUCUCAACUUAACUGCUUAGUUCUUUGCAGGGUGCAAGACAAUAGUCCAAGUUUUCCCAUAAUGUAACAGGCUUAUGAAUUAUGAUGUUUGUAAAACUUGAAUAACAUGCAAAAGAUUAGUUGAAGAACUUGUGUUA